UGCACAUCUCUGGAAAGCAAAGCUUUCUUGCUCUUUUUCCUGCUGAUCUGCUGUCACCAGCUCGACCUCUGGACGGGUCUUCUGCAACAUGGACCUCCUGGAUGCUGUGGGUUUCUUGCAGAUCUGGCAACAUUUUGAUGUGGAUGAUAACGGCUACAUCGAAGGAAAGGAGCUGGAUGCUUUCUUUCAACACUUGCUGGCAAAAUUUGGGAUGAAGAGGGAGGAGAUAACAGAAGACAACAUCAGAAGCCUGAAGGACAGAUUCAUGUCUGCUCACGACGCAGCAGCUGGAGGACGGCUGCAGAUUCAAGAGGUGGCCGCCAUGAUGUUGCCAGAGGAGGAGAACUUCCUGCUUCUGUUUCGCAGAGAGACGCCCCUGGACAACAGCGUGGAGUUCAUGAGGAUCUGGAGAAGCUAUGACACAGACAGCAGUGGCUACAUCUCAGCGAUCGAGCUCAAGGGCUUCCUUCAGGACCUCUUCCUCCAGCACAGGAAGUCCAUCACCCCUGACAAACUGGAGCAAUACACUGACACCAUGAUGAAGAUGUUUGACAGGAACAGGGACGGCAGACUGGACCUGAAUGACCUGGCCAGAAUCUUGGCCCUGAAAGAGAACUUCUUGCUGAAGUUUAAGAUGGACGCUUGCAGUCACGAGGACAGGAAGAGAGACUUUGAGAAGAUAUUUGCUCACUACGAUGUUAGUAAGACAGGUGCGUUGGAGGGCCCUGAAGUUGAUGGAUUUGUCAAGGACAUGAUGGAGCUGGUGAAGCCCAGCAUCAGCGGCACUGACCUGGACAAGUUCAGGAAAGCCCUGAUGGGUCACUGUGACAUCAACGGAGACGGAAAGAUCCAGAAGAACGAGCUGGCUCUCUGCCUCGGCCUCAAACUCAGCUAACGGACCCGUCUUCCCUGCGUCAAUCUUCUUCCUGCUCCUUGUCUUAAACUGCUCUUUCCUUUCUCUUUUUAAACUUUUUUGUAUUUGCUCCUGCCUGACUCAGUUCCUGUCCCAUAAGCAAUUCUUGGACGUGUCCUCCUGUAGGCUCCUGGCUCCCAGUUUAGUGUUAAAAGACUGAUGUUUCUACAUAUUUCAUCCUCGUUAAUACAAACAUGUUACAUUUUCUUAAUUUUGUAUGUUUUUCUGUGUCAAGGUUUAGAGCAGAUGUUGAAAUAAUGUAUAUCAAAUGUUGAUUUAUGGCACCGUGAUUUAAAUGUAGCUUUAAGUACCAAGAGUAUAAAAAUAUGAUAAAUAAUGGUGAUAAAUGAAACAGCGUUUGCGUGACAUUACUGUGAAACAAGUAACAUGAGUGAUGGUUAAUAAAGUAUGUUUAAUUGUUGUCAGCUGUCUUCUUUUCUGGCACAGUAGAUGAGGUAUGCAUCCUGCAAACAACAAGACCAGAGCCAGCAGACCAAAUACGAUGUUGUACCUGCAUACAUCUACAUAAUAUAUGAGGACGUUCAUAAGACCUGGACCAGGUUUUGUAUAGAGGCACAAUUACUGGCAUAACUACAUCUUCACAUGAUGUCUAAAAGAGUUGAGAGGGACUUAAAAAAGGCCACAUUUAAUAUAUGCAUGCAGCAAAAAAGCAUUGAGAUGUGUUUAUUCUUUUUAUCUGGAGGGAAACUUGCUCAAAGUCAGUUAUCACAGUGAAACUGUCUGCUUCUAUUUCUUUUGUGAAGCUUGCUUCACGUUAAUGAAAUCAAGGUGGGUUUUUUUGUCAAUUGCUGCCUUCCCUCCUUCCCUCAGUCUAACAACUGACUGCAUAAUGUGCUUCCUCACAACAUGUAAAGC